CGCACAUUACACACCCACUUCUAGUACUCUACGUAUGCAGUCCGUUAUCUCUCUCUCAUCUCUGUACUCACCCAUAGAAAUGGGUCUAUAUUAGGGGAACAAUCGCUCUAAAGAACCACCCAGAAGCCAGUGUUGUCUCUUUCUCUCUUGAAGAAAUGGAAGAAAGCAGAAAGAGGCAAGCGGGGUAUGAUGGCGCCGGAGACGUCUUCGGGAAACGACCAAAAACGCCGUCGAACUACGAAGAAACAAUCUCCGACGAAGACGAAGACAUGAUGGCCUGGCUAAACGUCGACGAUGACACAGUGACCGAACUAUCGAAGUUCUUGGACUCAGAGAUAACGACCUCGCAACCAUUCAAGGUCAAGUUCAUCGAGGACCCAUACUCGUCGGCUUUGAUUUUCCAGUCAUCGUCGUCGUAUAUAACCAUCAACGGAAACGAAGAGUCAUGCGGAUCGUCGUUCUCCGACUUGGAUUCGUCCGUCAUGGCAAGUAUCGAUAUGAGUGGUGUUAAGGGCGCGUUUGGGGGGUUUUCAGGGUGGUUCUCGGUGGAGGAAGCUGUCGCGUUCUCUUCAGACGCCGAAGAGGCGCGUGGUUGGAUCGAGGAUCGGGAAAAUGAGGAGGGUAGUUCGGUCAAAGGAAUCGGCAGCGGUGAUUUCUCCGGCGACUAUGAUGAUGAUUUGUUGGCGAAGUUUCUAGAUGAAGACUAGUUUCAGUCACAGUAAAAAUAAUAGACAACAGUAAAGAAGGGCACAGCGAAAUUUUUGGGGUUAGGGUGUUGUUAGGGUUUGGGGUUAAUGGGUUUGGUCAGUUGUAUACAUUUUGAACAGAAAAUUUACAGAGAAGAGUAAAUAGAGGGCUUGUUUGUGAUUUUGAAAAGUGUUUGGCAAUUUGUGGGUAUUUUCUCUUUCCUUUUUCUUUUUCUCCCAUCAAUCUUUUGAUCUUUU